CUUUGCUAAGGUUAGAAACCUACUUUAGAUCUUACCCAAAUAGGGGUCUGUGUUCGAGGUGUGGCGCAAAAAGGAUCCCGUAAAAUAUGCCACAGUGGCCCUGUGAAGUACCAUCACUGUUUUCUCCGCGACUCCGCGAAGUAUAUCUAAGACAGCUCUCCCAUGCACUCUCCCAUGGACAGCCAGCCACGUUGAAAUUAUUGGCAAUACUGUUCUGCAUUAAUACCACAGGUCCGCAGUAUAUCGGAUAGCGACACGCAGCGCUUGCGCUAACUGUCACAUACCGAUACCGAUACCAAAACCGAAACCGAAACUAUGGAGAUGGAAUAUAUUGUCUACCUAAACAAUGCAGGGAAAUCCUCGGUCAAUGGGAGUCUAUCCGACUCUCAACACGUCAGCAGCCCCACCGCCUCUGCUACUGCUGUGGUUGCAAAGAAGCCGGGAAAGCGCCAGCACGCGUAUCCCCGGAAACGCGCUAUACAGGCCUGCACUAUUUGCCGCAUUAAAAGAACCAAGUGUGAUAAUUCGAGGCCGGCGUGCAGUAAGUGUGCGAGCUUGGGGACAGAGUGUAACUAUCAGGAAAAUGAUCGCUCCACCUUUGAUCUGGCAAGCCUGGCCAUCCUCCAGCGGCUGGAUGAUCUGGACGAGCUUCUGCGGGCCAAAAGCACUACUUCUAUAGUUCUAGACCAGGAUGCAAGUCAAGGUCAAGGCUUCCUCUCAUUGUCAACCCCAAUAGCUGCGCAGCCUUUGUCGUUGGAGAGGCCUGCGGAUUGGAGACCAUCUUACAUCCACAUAGAAACAGUUCUUAGCUGGUCGGUCUUUGUGGAUCUAGAUUUCACUGAGCGGCCGAAUUUGAGAUCUCUCCUUCGAUCAGACAAGAGCCAUGCGACUCUACCAAUUUUGCCCAUCCCAGCAGAUUUCGGACUCCAUACUGCUCGGCAGCUGUUGCAGAAAUUCUUGGACAAUGUGCACAUUUUUAAUCCCAUUCUAGAAGAAACGAUAGUGAGAGAGUAUAUGUUAGCAACAAGCCUCAACGGGCUUAGGCGGGAUGCACAGUCUUGUCUCAUGCUUUUAAUAUAUGCUCUUGGUUCUAUUGCGAAUCCGUACGAGAAGUCGCCCAGAAUGAUGUCUUAUGGCUUUCGCCAGUCAACCGAGUUCCGUCAAGCAGAGUCUUUCUUCGUUGCUGCUCAGAAUAGAAUGGGUUUGCUGUUAUGUGGGAGCGGAGUCAUCGAAGCGCAAUGCUUUUUUCUUGCUGGCGUCUAUCUAAUGGCGACCUUGAGACCAAUUGAGGCCUGGAAGAUAUUCGUUCAGGCUCUUGCAUGUUGUCAAACCUUCUCCUCUAAUCUCGCCAUACCUAACGCUCGAACCGACGACAAUUCCCGACUAGAGCAGACCAUUUAUUGGACAUGCUUUAAGUCUGAACUAGAGCUUCGACGAGAGCUUAAUAUGUUCGAGAAUAGAGUAUGGGACCUAACCUACCCUGCCCUCUUUCCUACCCCCCCCGAAGGAUUAAAGUCUCAAGACGAAGUAGUAUGGUACUUUUACCUUGCUGAAAUUGCACUGCGGAGACUGGGUAAUCGGAUUUUAAAUUACGUCUACUGCUACUAUUCAUCCAUUGAUUCCGACUCUAACAACAAUGCCAUUCUCGACUUCGAAAGCCAGGCUGACAGCUGGCUCCAAUCUCUCCCCACAGCACUCUCUAUCGAGACCGUGAAUCCUGAGCACAAGAAAUACGCAGCCCUUUGCUUUAUCCUCCACGGCCAUCUCCUCGACUGCAAGGAGAUGAUGUACUGGCAAGCUAUCGUUGACACCGUGCAUAGGCGUCAGUGCGGCAGCUCUACGGAGCUCUUCGUUCGCAAGGGGUUACUAGUUUGUGUGCAGCGCGUGCAGAUCAAUGAAGAGGGUUUUUACCACCGGCACCACGGAACAUGGCUUAUGCUGCGGUCAUGCACAAGGAGUGCGCUUGUCCUGCUGGCGGCUGCGAGGUGUCCAGAACUUGUGCCGACAUUGCCAGAGGGAUGGGAGGAGGCGAUUCUCAAGGUGGUGGACAUGCUAAGCUUUUGGAAGGAUGAAUCUAUGCAAGUCUUAGAUAUGUUAUUUAUCUUGGAAAGACUAAUCGAGGUUGUGGCGCCAGAGAUCUUAAAGAAUAGGUAACAUGACCUAGAAACUUCGAGGCCUUAGGAGGCAAAUCUAAAUGCCAUCUCUAG